AAAAGUGUUAUGCAUUUAAAUAAUUCAAUGGCGAUGCAAGGUUAAGUUAAAACGAAACAUUUACAACUAACUCGAAAAACAUCAGCAUUUGCAUCCAAGACGUGGGAGAAUGGAUGUUACCAAUGUAUUGUUGAUGCUCUUUCUGUGCAAUGUUGGCCUCUCUGUAGGUGUUCAAAUGCCAAAAUUUGCACCAAAAAUAGAUGGUUGGGAAAGAGAAUGUGAAGCUCCGCAUUGCCGCUACACCGGAAAGAUUAUUGGAAGUGUGACAUCGGAAAAUUUUUUCCCAGACCCAGAGAUAUGCGUGUUUAUAAUGGUAGAAUCUUAUAAUGAAGAAGAGCAGGAGUUUUUUCCUUUGUGUGCUAUCGCUGCAUUGUUCCCCUGCACGCCAUGUUACAUCAGCAAUACAGCUUGCAACUGCACCGGUGAAAAUCCUCUCAGUUUCUCCUUUUACCCCUUUCGACGCGCUGUAUAUAGGGUCGUUGUACAAGGACAACUAAACGUAGAGGGAGAAUGGCCAAAUAUAUGGCCUGCUUCUCCAAUGAACCUUUCCUAUUGGGCAAUCAGUAAUGUGUUCAAUAGUUCAAUCAAACCAG